AUGGCAGGAACAUUCAAAUUCAUCUACUACCACAUCUGUUACCGGCUGUAUCUACGGUGGCAGCAGCUAAAGCGCUUCAUCGUAGCCAAACGACGCAAACAACACCUGCGAAUGCGGCAGGCCCGGCUGGCUCUCGAGGAACUGAUUGAGAAAGGAAAUGAAAUGUGGAGGUCCACCGAAAUGCUGUUGAUGAAGGGAGGCGAAGAAGAAAACGGAGGCGAAGAACUGUUAUCCACGUACAAAGCGAAUAAAGAACUGCAGAGGAAGGAAAUCGCUCGGGACCGUAUCGGUGCCCGUCGCCUGAAAUCUCAACGAACGAAACGGAAGAGCAAGCACCUCGACGCGAAUUCUCGCAAGAGUGUCUCAUGUAGCGGCAAAUCAAUCCCCGUUGCUUGCGAAAACGAUGUCGAGAGAGACUCCGAUAUUGAAAACGAGGAUUUUAAACAAAGCUCUCAAAUUGCAAGUGUGGCAAAUCCAGCAAGAAUCAGCUCAGAUCGAAGGUUGUCGAAUAAGGAAAUACGCAAACGUAUACCCCAAGUCCGGGUACCCAUUUCUGUAUCCCUUUUGGUUAUUGCCGCUUAUGUGUUUCUUGGUGCCGUGCUUUUCUCUCUGUGGGAGAAAAACUGGGACUACCUCAUUAGUUCUUAUUUCUGUUUCGUCACCCUAAGUACGAUCGGAUUUGGUGACUUCGUUCCGGGAUCAGAUGUGGAGUCAUGGUCAAGCGCAGAGAAGCAGGCAAUCUGUACUUUGUACCUGCUUUUCGGGAUGGCCAUGAUUGCCAUGUGCUUUAAUUUAAUGCAACAAGAGGUCAUUCUCAAAUUCACUGACCUUGGACGAAGAAUGGGUCUCAUUGAAGAAAAACAGGUGUCCAGUUUGGACGAACCCUGCACAGAAUAA